UUGAUGUCCUGCCCAGAGUUUGGGUCGACUGAGCAAAACUUUUUUUCUCCAUAGUGAGCUGCGGAGAUUUCUUUUGCGAUCUGUGAAUUUCCUUUGCAGCUUAUCUUUACCUGACACACCGCAGUUGGAAAAAGAUCUACGGGAGCGUUUUUGUCAAGUGUUUUUUUUUUUUUUUACGUUUUGUCUUUUGCUUUACUUUUUGUGAGCGAAAAACUCACGCAAACAGAUUCCACUGUGGAGCAGAUAUGAGCUUUGUUACCAUCACAGUUAUGUCUGGAAGAAACUCGAGGAAAACGCUGUCCUUUGCUGGAUACUUUGACAGCUAACACACUUUGGAAGUACAAAUUCCUCCACAUUGAAAGUUUAGUAUGACCCCCGUGUAACUUUUAUUGAUCGGCGUCCAGUUUUUUUCCCCACUCUUCUUGGUGCGUAAAAGUACUCCAAGACCAUUUCUGUGACUUUGUGAGCGCAAAACUUUGGGAAGCGCACGGUUGGCACACUGCUUUGGCACAAUGGAACCGGGCCAGCACAACCCUCCGGCCGGACACCAGAUCGUCCACGUCCGGGGCGACUCCGAGACAGACCUGGAGGCGCUCUUCAACGCCGUUAUGAACCCCAAAAGUACCAUCGUGCCCCCCUCUGUGCCAAUGAGAAUGAGGAAGCUACCAGACUCUUUCUUCAAACCACCAGAACCAAAGUCCCAUUCCAGACAAGCCAGCACUGAUGCAGGGAGUGGUGCCUCCCAAACCCCCCACCAUGUGCGAGCCCAUUCGUCCCCAGCCAACCUGCAGCUCGGGGCUGUCUCUGCAGGCUCUCUAUCUGGGAUGGGCUCAGCAGGUGCCUCCCCUCAGCACCUUCGUCAGUCCUCUUAUGAGAUCCCUGAUGACGUGCCUCUGCCCCCCGGCUGGGAGUUGGCCAAGACAGCUUCAGGACAGAGAUACUUCCUCAAUCAUAUUGAGCAGACUACCACUUGGCAGGACCCACGUAAGGCCCUGCUCCAGUUAAACCAGCCUGCCCCGGCCAGCACGGUGCCAGUCCAGCAGCAGAACCUCAUGAACCCAGCCACUGGUCCACUUCCUGAUGGCUGGGAGCAGGCCAUCACCUCAGAGGGCGAGAUCUACUACAUUAACCACAAGAACAAGACCACCUCCUGGUUGGACCCUAGACUGGACCCGCGUUUUGGUCUGAACCAGCAGAGGAUUUCCCAGAGUGCCCCGGUGAAGCCGACAGGCCAGCUCCCGCCCCACAGUGCAGUGAUGGGAGGCAAUAACCAGAUGAGACUGCAACAGCUCGAGAAGGAGAGACUCCGACUGAAGCAACAAGAGCUGCUCAGACAGAGGCCCCAGGAACUGGCUUUAAGAAAUCAACUCCCCAUGGAUCAAGAUGGAGGCAGUAACCCAGUGUCUUCCCCGAUGGCCCAGGACACCAGGACCAUGACAGCCAACAGCUCUGACCCAUUCCUCAACAGCGGAACCUACCACUCCAGAGAUGAGAGCACGGACAGCGGCCUGAGUAUGAGCAGCUACAGUGUGCCUCGCACUCCUGAUGACUUCCUCAACAGUGUGGAUGAGAUGGACACAGGUGAACCUCAGCAGACCUCCAUGGCUUCCCAGCCCAGCCGCUUCCCAGACUACCUGGACGCCAUCCCAGGCACGGAUGUAGACCUGGGCACCCUGGAGAGCGAGAGCAUGGCCGUGGAGGGGGAGGAGCUGAUGCCUAGUCUGCAGGAGGCCCUGAGCUCCGACAUCUUCAACGACAUGGAGUCCGUCCUGACGGGCAAGAUCGACAAAGAGAGCUUCCUCACAUGGUUAUAGAGGACUUAACCACAUGACAUGGACUGCUGCUUGCUCUGAUCUGGAAGGAUUCAUACAUGCUUUUUCAGGACAUUUCAGCGAGCCUUUUUGGACUUUUAUCUUGUAUAUCAACCUUUUUCUUUUUUAAGGCAGUAUUCCUCUUAUAUUUGUUUUUCUUCUCUCACAACGUUAUCUCGUUAUUUUGUCUGUGUCUUCAAGGCUGGCCCAUGAACAGACAAUUAUAAACAAGGGUCCCCUGCAUGUUUCACUAAAGUCUGCCAUGGAAUCUAGGGCAUCUCUCUUCCAGGAGUCUCCCUCUAUAAUUGAGGAGAGCAUGUACUCUGUAAGAAAAUUAACCUUUUGUUUUUGAUGCCUAUUUGCUUUAGAGUGGUAAAAACAUGAGCAUUUAACAUACCAAUGUUUUGAAUAUACAUUUUCUACAGAGAUAUGUUUUGAAGCCUGAAAAACCAAAAAUGAUGUAUUUGCUGAAAGAACAAUACUGAUUUGGAGUAAAAGUAGGCCCGACUUGGACAUAUUGAAGAGUGGCAGGUUGGAGUCUGGGGACCGAUUGCAUUGCUGCUUGGCUGUGCCAGCAAUUCUAUGUGAAACCUAUUGUUAGAUCAAGUGCCUUUAGUUGUAUUUUUUGAGACGCGAGCAUGAUGAACAAAUACACACUUUCUUUGUAUCAAACAUCAAGCAUUCAUGAUUUUCACACACAUUUUUAUUCACGUUAUCACAAAAUUAACACAUUUUAAGAUGCUUGGGCUGACAAAAUCGUAACCCCAGCUUGUUUUUUUAUAUAUAUUAAGAUUUAUUUUGAAAGUUGUUCUUUUUGUCUUUUACUUUAUAUUUAGGUUACUUAAUACAUGUAUGUAUCAUAGUAUAGAUCAAAUGGCAUCAGCUUUUCUUUAUUUGCCUUUAGAGUAAAUGAUGCAUUUUAACUGGAUCAUCACAGCUUGUGGAGCUGGUUGGUCGGUUUUGGCUCUUAAACUCCUAUUGUCUAUGAUUUUAUUGUAUACAUUUUAGUGUUUUUAUUGAUCACAUGCAGCUUCUUUCUUUCUUAAAGAUUUUUAACAUUAACCAAAAAAAUUAUUUUUAGGUAAAGCAAGCUAUAGCUAUUGCUUGAUUAAACCUUGUGACAGUAUAGACGUGUGAGCUCAGAUGUGCUGUGCUGUGUUGAACUGAGGGUUUUUUGGCAGCAACUGUGACAGGUUGUAGCAGGUCGGAGAGUUUUGUGAGGCAGUGAAAGGCAGAAAGCCAAGGUUUAAGUUGUUGCAUUAUUUGUGUGAAAUAUCUUUUAAAAAAGAAAAAAAAAAAAAAAAAAAGAAACAAUCAAUGCCCAAGUUUGUUGUGAGAGAUUCCAAAGAUGUUUUAAUGCUAACACUUUUAUGUUUUCUGGUUUUGUUGUAAUCAGCCACUGUUUCGAACAACAUAAUAUAAGCUAAUGAGACACAUGUAGGCUUCUAGUGUUAAGUGACAUGUCUGAAUAGAGAAGUGGCUUGUGUCCUUUGAGGGUUGUUUUGAGUGACUAAAUGAGAUUUUUUUUUUUAAAGUGGUGAUUUUGAAAUGAGCGCUACUGUUUACAUUCUCGGAGAGCAGUGAAUUUCUACAGCCACAGCAGACACAAACCAGAGACUGUUCCUCACAUUGUUUUUCAUGUUUACACUACUGCAGUAAGUUUCAAAAACUUUGAGAAGUUAAAAAAAAGUCAAUUAUUGAUUUCAGAACUUGAACAUUUAUGCUAGACCUGGCAACAUGAACAUUUUAACACAAGUUACACUACUAGCAUCCUAAAUUGUAUUUUGUCAAGUACACCAUUGUGUGGUUUAGGAUGGUUAAACAGUGUUCUAAAGAACAAUGUAACUACAGUUUAUGAUACACUACACUUGGCUUGUGCUGCAUUUUAAAGUGCUGACGCGUUUUGUCACGAGCCUGUUUUUUUUGCUUAUUUAGUGUGUUAUUGUCAGAGUAUAUUAGUUGUUGACUGUUAUUAGCAGUAGGACUAAUCACAAGGUAAUGGCUUUUGUAUUUAGAGAUUUCUAAAUGCACAUGAAAUGAAUUUAUAUUCGGUAAUGAUCUGUUCUUUUCAUAGAUUUGUGCAUGUUUUAGAACAAUAAAUUCUGUUACAAUAUCUUUAUAUGAUAAUUGGCCUGAAAUAAAGUAUAUACUUUGUGGUAAGAUUUA